AUGACCUCAAACCUGACCUUAAACCUGACCUCAAACCUGACCUCAAACCUGACGUCAAAACCUGACCUCAAACCUGACCUCAAACCUGACCUGAAACCUGACCUGAAACCUGACCUGAAACCUGACCUCAAACCUGACCUCAAACCUGACCUCAAACCUGACCUCAAACCUGACCUCAAACCUGACAUCAAAACUGACGUCAAACCUGACGUCGAACCUGACCUCAAAGCUGACCUCAAACCUGACCUCAAACCUGACCUCAAACCUGACUUCAAACCUGACGUCAAACCUGACGUUAAACCUGACCACAAACCUGGAGUCAAUGGCGUCAAACCUGACCUCAAACCUGGCGUCAAACCUGACGUCAAACCUGACGUCAAACCUGACGUCAAACCUGACGUCAAACCUGACGUCAAACCUGACGUCACACCUGACGUCACACCUGACGUCAAACCUGACGUCACACCUGACGUCAAACCUGACCUCAAACCUGACCUCAAACCUGACCUCAAACCUGACUCCAAACCUGGCGUCAAAGUUGACGUCAAACCUGACCUCAAACCUGACCUCAAACUUAACGUCAAACCUGACGUCAAACCUGACAUCAAACCUGACCUCAAACCUGACCUCAAACCUGACCUCAAACCUGAACUCAAACCUGACCUCAAACCUGGCGUCAAACUUGACGUCAAACCUGACCUCAAACCUGACCUCAAACCUGACCUCAAACCUGACCUCAAACCUGACGUCAAACCUGACGUCAAACAUGACGUCAAACCUGACCUCAAACCUGAUGUCAAACCUGACCUCAAACCUGACGUCAAACCUGACCUCAAACCUGACGUCAAACCUGACGUCAAACCUGACGUCAAACCUGACCUCAAACCUGACCUCAAACCUGACCUCAAACCUGACCUCAAACCUGACCUCAAACCUGACCUCAAACCUGGCGUCAAACUUGACGUCAAACCUGACCUCAAACCUGACCUCAAACCUGACCUCAAACCUGACGUCAAACCUGACCUCAAACCUGACCUUAAUCCUGACCUCAAACCUGACCUCAAACCUGACCUCAAACCUGACCACAAACCUGACCUCAAACCUGACCUCAAACCUGACCUCAAACCUGACCUCAAACCUGACCUCAAACCUGACCUCAAACCUGACCUCAAACCUGACCUCAAACCUGACCUCAAACCUGACGUCAAACCUGACGUCAAACAUGACCUUAAUCCUGACCUCAAACCUGACGUCAAACCUGACCUCAAACCUGACCACAAACCUGACCUCAAACCUGACCUCAAACCUGACCUCAAACCUGACCUCAAACCUGACGUCAAACCUGACGUCAAACAUGACGUCAAACCUGACCUCAAACCUGACCUCAAACCUGACCUCAAACCUGACCUCAAACCUGACCUCAAACCUGACCUCAAACCUGACGUCAAACCUGACGUCAAACCUGAUGUCAAACAUGACCUCAAACCUGACCUCAAACCUGACCUCAAACCUGACCUCAAACCUGACCUCAAACCUGACCUCAAACCUGACCUCAAACCUGACCUCAAACCUGACCUCAAACCUGACCUCAAACCUGACCUCAAACCUGAUGUCAAACCUGACCUCAAACCUGACCUCAAACCUGACGUCAAACCUGACCUCAAACCGGACCUCAAACCUGACCUCAAACCUGACCUCAAACCUGACGUCAAACCUGACCUCAAACCUGACCUCAAACCUGACCUCAAACCUGACCUCAAACCUGACCUCAAACCUGACCUCAAACCUGACCUCAAACCUGACCUCAAACCUGACCUCAAACAUGACGUCAAACCGGACCUCAAACCUGACCUCAAACCUGACCUCAAACCUGACGUCAAACACCUCAAACCUGACCUCAAACCUGACCUCAAACCUGACCUCAAACCUGACCUCAAACCUGACGUCAAACCUGACGUCAAACCUGAUGUCAAACAUGACCUCAAACCUGACCUCAAACCUGACCUCAAACCUGACCUCAAACCUGACCUCAAACCUGACCUCAAACCUGACCUCAAACCUGACCUCAAACCUGACCUCAAACCUGACCUCAAACCUGACCUCAAACCUGAUGUCAAACCUGACCUCAAACCUGACCUCAAACCUGACGUCAAACCUGACCUCAAACCGGACCUCAAACCUGACCUCAAACCUGACCUCAAACCUGACGUCAAACCUGACCUCAAACCUGACCUCAAACCUGACCUCAAACCUGACCUCAAACCUGACGUCAAACCUGACCUCAAACCUGACCUCAAACCUGACCUCAAACCUGACCUCAAACCUGACCUCAAACCUGACCUCAAACCUGACCUCAAACCUGACCUCAAACCUGACCUCAAACAUGACGUCAAACCGGACCUCAAACCUGACCUCAAACCUGACCUCAAACCUGACGUCAAACACCUCAAACCUGACCUCAAACCUGACCUCAAACCUGACCUCAAACCUGACCUCAAACCUGACGUCAAACCUGACGUCAAACCUGAUGUCAAACAUGACCUCAAACCUGACCUCAAACCUGACCUCAAACCUGACCUCAAACCUGACCUCAAACCUGACCUCAAACCUGACCUCAAACCUGACCUCAAACCUGACCUCAAACCUGACCUCAAACCUGAUGUCAAACCUGACCUCAAACCUGACCUCAAACCUGACGUCAAACCUGACCUCAAACCGGACCUCAAACCUGACCUCAAACCUGACCUCAAACCUGACGUCAAACCUGACCUCAAACCUGACCUCAAACCUGACCUCAAACCUGACCUCAAACCUGACCUCAAACCUGACCUCAAACCUGACCUCAAACCUGACCUCAAACCUGACCUCAAACAUGACGUCAAACCGGACCUCAAACCUGACCUCAAACCUGACCUCAAACCUGACGUCAAACACCUCAAACCUGACCUCAAACCUGACCUCAAACCUGACCUCAAACCUGACCUCAAACCUGACCUCAAACCUGACCUCAAACCUGACGUCCAACCUGGCGUCAAACUUGACGUCAAACCUGACCGCAAACCUGACUUCAAACCUGACCUCAAACCUGACGUCAAACCUGACGUCAAACCUGACCUCAAACAUGACGUCAAACCUUACUUCAAACAUUACGUCAAACCUGACCUCAAACCUGACGUCAAACCUGACCUCAAACCUGACGUCAAACCUGACCUCAAACCUGACGUCAAACCUGAUGUCAAACCUGACCUCAAACCUGACCUCAAACCUGACCUCAAACCUGACCUCAAACCUGACGUCAAACCUGAUGUUAAACCUGACCUCAAACCUGGAGUCAAUGGCGUCAAACCUGACCUCAAACCGGACCUCAAACCUGACGUCACACCUGACGUCACACCUGACGUCACACCUGACGUCAAACUCAGUGGCGUCGAAUCUGACGUCAAACCUGACCUCAAACCUGACGUCAAACCUGACGUCAAACCUGACGGCAAACCUGAUGUCAAACCUGACGUCACACCUGACGUCACACCUGACGUCACACCUGACGUCAUACCUGACCUCAAACCUGACCUCAAACCUGACCUCAAACCUGACCUCAAACCUGGCGUCAAACUUGACGUCUAA